UCUUGAGUGAAGACCAAAGGGAGGUGAAGGAAUGAGCCGUGUUCACACCUGCAGGAGGAGCUUUCCAAGCAGAGGGAACGGCAGGUGCGGAGGCCCUGGGACAGCAGCGUGGGGGGAUGGGCUUGAGAAAGAGCAAGGAGGCCAGGCGGCGAUGGGGAGAGAAGCGGGUGUGAGGUCAGGGUAUGGGGACACGCAGCACCUCGUGGACUGGGCCUCCCACAUCACUCAGGGUCUGGGCAGAGGAGCAACCUGGCCGGACUUGUGUUUUUAAAGCGGCCCUCUGGCUGCUGAGUGAGCGAAUCGGACAGCGAGUCCGUUUCCUGUGUGGCUACUGUGUCCCAGGCACUGAGCCGGGUCCUGGGGAGAGAGGUGUGCAGGCCCCCACGGCGCUCACGGAGGCCCAUCUGGCUAGUUCCCUUCUCGUCAAGUGUCACCUCCCCCAGGAAGCCACCUUCUCCCGCUCUGCUGGCCCCUUUGCUCCAUUCAGCCAUCAUCUAGUUUAUGGUCCUUGUCUCUGUCCAGAUGGUCUCCCCUGAGGCUGAGCGCUACUCUUCUCUUCUCACAAGCAUGUUCCCUGAGGGCCCGAGGGGCCCAGAGAGUGGAGGAAUCGGUGAACAAAGGAGCCCCAGGCCCAGCCUGCCCGGCCUCACUCUGUCUCUCGCCAUCUUUUGCAGAUGGGUUUGCAGGCAUGGAGAGCGUGUGGAAGGACCGAGUUCUUGCUGGCAGAGGAGGCUGGCUGCUGAGCCAGGGCGUGUCUCCAGGAGGCCUGCCAGGCUGCCUGGAUCCCCACCUCGCCACCAUGGGCCGGCCAUGCUGGUCAGUUUCCAGCCCAUGACGUGGUCACGGUUCCCUGCCUCAGCCUUGGCGAGCAAGUCACGGGCUCCUGGCACCACCCUCGGGCCACAAGACCCCUCUGUCCUGGGAGGGGUUGACUCCGGCCCCCCUUGGCCCCCAGGCUGCACCCAGUCGCCCACCGCUUUGCACCCGAGCUUCCUGGCCUCUAAAGGGGAAACUAUGCAGCUGUCCCCUGGGGUUACAGUAAAUGGCGGCCAGGCCUCUCUUAAUAGUGAGCACCGUCCAGACCAGCCGCUUCCUGCUGGAGGCUCCUGACGUCAUCCGGGGAGAUGACGUCCAGGCCCCCCGACUGCCUGCCGCGGCUGCUCCGGGGUGCCCGGAGGCGGCGGGUCUGCACCCUGCUCAUCAUCGGCUUCAAGUUCACGUUUCUGGUCUCCGUCAUGGUCUACUGGCACACCGUGGGAGAGCCCGGGGGCCAAGGACAGCUCUCUAACCUGCCUGCUGACAUACCCUGCCCGCACUUGGUCCCCCACACACCGCCCUCCGGCACCCCCACUCCCGGCAGCAUCUUCUUCCUGGAGACUUCCGACCGGACGGACCCCAACUUCCUGUUCAUGUGCUCGGUGGAGUCAGCAGCCAGGGCCCAGCCUGAGUCCCGGGUGGCGGUCCUGAUGAAGGGGCUGCCCGGCGGGAACGCCUCCCUGCCCCGGCACCUGGGCCUCUCGCUUCUGGGCUGCUUCCCCAACGUGCAGCUGCUCCCGCUGGACCUGGAGGAGCUGUUUCGGGACACGCCCCUGGCAGCCUGGUACGCGGCCCUGCAGCGGCGGUGGGAGCCCUACGUGCUGCCCGUGCUCUCCGAUGCCUCCAGGAUCGCGCUCAUGUGGAAGUUUGGAGGCAUCUACCUGGACACGGACUUCAUCGUCCUCAGGAACCUGGGGAACCUGACCAACGCGCUGGGCACGCAGUCCCGCUAUGUCCUCAACGGCGCCUUCCUGGCCUUCGAGCGCCACCACGAGUUCAUGGCGCUGUGCAUGCGUGACUUCGUGGCCCACUACAACGGCUGGAUCUGGGGCCACCAGGGCCCGCAGCUGCUCACGCGGGUCUUCAAGAAGUGGUGCUCCAUCCGCAGCCUGGGCGAGAGCCACGCCUGCCGCGGCGUCACCACCCUGCCCUACGAGGCGUUCUACCCCAUCCCCUGGCAGAACUGGAAGAAGUACUUCGAAGACAUCAGCCCCGAGGAGCUGUCCCGGCUGCUCAAUGCCACCUACGCUGUCCACGUGUGGAACAAGAAGAGCCAGGGCACGCGCUUCAAGGCCACGUCCAGGGCACUGCUGGCCCAGCUCCACGCCCGCUACUGCCCCACGACGCACAAGGCCAUGAAGCUCUACCUGUGAGGGGCCUGCCUGCCUGGCUCCCUCCCUGCACCCGGCGUCCUGAAGGAGAGGGCUCGGCCACCCUUCCUGGGGAGACCGGAGCUGCUGCAGCGCGGGAUCUGGGGCAGGCAGCGGGGAGGGCGGGGAACUGUCGGCCCAAGAGCUGUUGCUGGAAGGCGUGCUGCGGGCCCCGGGACCUGCUCCCUUCAAGCUAGCGGGAGGCUGGUGGGACUGGUCGCCUCUACCGCCUAGGCCAGUGCACUGUCACAGGGUAGAGGCGACCAGUGGUGGGGGAAGGGGGCCCAGCCAGAAUCAGCCCGAGGGCACCGGGUGAGCAUCCUGGGUCUUGCAGACAACAGGCAAGCCCGGCAAGUGUGAAAGCAUCUUCCAGGGCAGCGCGGGAAGCAGGCAGGCUGGGGCCGAAGUGCCCGCGAGGGGAGCGCGGAGAAGCCCAAGGAAAAGGGGUAGGAAGGAGGGAGAGGAGGCCGCUUGUGGGGUAGCCGGGAGGCACACCCAGCUUCGUGAGCCCAAGGGGUGGGGCGCUUCUGGGGUUUGGGUUUCUUUUCCAGGGGGGCCGAGGCCGGCAGAGCUGGCCUGGGGAGCUCUUUGGGGGAGGGCCUGCCUGCCCACCUCAUCCUUCUUUCCAGAAAUGUUGCAGGAGUGACGUGUGCCAGCUGCCCACUCAGGGGCAGGGGCCCUGGAGUUCUUGUGGCUCAGGAAGAGCAUUUUAAAGGAAACAGCCCCUACCCUACCCACAAUAAACACAAUAAAAGUGAGAAUAAUGAAUACGAUAAAGGCGACUCACCAACAUCUAGUGCUU